GCCUAUGGACGUUUUGCAGCACUAGCCCCGCUGAUGAUUUUCAAUAUUGCUUCGCUUCAAAAACACUUGCGUUUAAAACUCUAAAUUGUCAAAUUUCUGUUAUGAAUCGUUUGUGAUCGACCCCAGUUGUCGACGAAAGGAAGUUGGCGACCAACUCUCCAUGCGCGUCCACCAGAGGCACGGCGGCAGAGGCAGAGGCAGCAACAGAGCAGCGAGGUCAAACAGAGGGACAUCAACAUCGAUUUUUUUGCACCCUUUUUUUUUCUUUUUGUUGGGCACCGCAUUUUUGCAAACAAAGAGCAAGGCGGCGGUGGGGGGCGAGUAGCUAAAAGAUUUUAGCAAAGAUGAGUGGCGGAAGCAACGAAGAACAGCAGCAGCAGCAGCUGCCAGGUGUUUCCAGCAUCGCAUCCGGAUCUGGAGCAGUUUCGGGAGGCGGCCGGGCCACGCCGGAAAUGAAGCGUUCCGAAGUUCGCAGCUUGAUCCAAAGAUACUUCCACCAACUGCAGUCUGGUUGCGGGAAUGCUCACUGCACCAACGCCAAUUGCGCCUCCAGCGGCAAGGUGGCGCCCAUGACGGCCAACGAGGUGGCGGCCAAAGCCCUGCAGCUCUUCUCGCAAGAUGCACAGCUUUGCGAGCCGGUCAGUAGUCCCCAGGAUGUGGACAUGCUGUCGCCUAAUGACAGUAGUAGUAGCAGUAGCGGUAGUGGAAGCUCUACCAGCACAAUCACUUCUACCAGCACUGCCACCACCACCAGCACGAAAUCACAAUCCCAAUCACAGAGUGCUUCGCGUAAUGUGGUGGUGGCAGUUUUAAACGAGGACCCCAUCUUGAGUGUGCCUCCCUUGGAUUUGAGCGGCCUUGAGCCUUCAUCCGGGGGCUCAGGUCCAUGCACACCAACUUUACCGCCUGUUCAGAGCUUGGAAGCGAAUAGCCUGAUAGCUCUCUUCGAGCAGUGUCGGGCUGGAGACAGCUACGAUUUAAUCUGUCACGCGAUCGGUGAUGUUUUUUCCAAUGUGGAUCGACUGAGCAAGAGUUUCAUAAGAAGCGCAGAUUCGGAGGCUUCCAGUGGCCUUCAGGAGUUACUGGCUAAUCCACCCGAGGCUCUUAACAAGGAGCAGCUGCGCACUCUGGAGGGCGAGCACGACAAGGACGAGGACAGCACUCAGCAAGAGCAAGAAGAACUAGAAGAAGAGGCGCCGGCAACUACACCGACAACAGAAUUAAUAAACCGGGAAGCUCCAGCCGAAAUAGAGGCAGAGCCCGAGGACGAGGAUGUGACCAUGGCCCAUGUGUCCGGUGAGGAAGAUUCCGUGGAAGAUCCAUCUCAGAGCAGUGACACUAAGGUGGACUUUCAUGGUCUCCGCCGUGUGCAGCGACUCCUCUUCGGCUCCCAAACGCGAGUCGUCACAGAGAAGCUGACCACCAGUGUCAUCCAGCUGGCGGACUGGGUGCAUUACAUGCGGCCCGAUUGGGAGAAGGUUAUACAUUGCCUCGUUAUCUGCUUCGACCUGGCCACAAAUACCAACAACAGUGUGGUAGACAUGGAUUAUCUAGACAGGGUUCUGCCCAAGCUCUGUCAUGCAGCGGCCGCUAUGCCCGUGCCGGCACAGGCUCGUCUAGCCAGAAUAUGGGCUGCUCAUUGUUCGGAUCAGUUACAGGCUUUGGUUGCUGCCUGUCAGCAACAGAUUACUCUUCAGGUGCUCCUCGACGAGGACGCGGUGCGCGAGAACGAACGCAUUAUCAGCGUUACCAAAGUUUUAAAGAUUGUCUUCUACGCUAACAUAUUGGCUAGUGAACUCGAGCAUCCCUCUUGCCGUGUGCCGUUGGAUGACCGGAUUGAUAUGGCGGCGAGCUCUUCGUCUGCUGGCGGAGCUAUCGAGGAUGACUUGUUCGUCUACAGUUCGCUGUUGCAGCCGCACAUGCCGAAGUUUGCCGAGGACCAAUUAGAGAAGGCGUUGCAGAUUUCGGCCAUCGACUGUCGGCGACCAUUGAUUCCGCUGGAGGAGUUCUACAAUGAGGCGCUAAGCGAAAACAUUCAAAUGCACCACGACUACCUUUCAUACAAGGCACUGGCCAUGGAGAGUGAAAUGGGCUCCGGCCACACCUUCUCAUUCAUGCUGUAUGCGUUCAUCCUGACGCCGGCCACCAAAGUUGAUGCGCUCUACUACGACAGUCGAAUGCGAAUGUAUAGCGAGCGCUACUCCUCAAUGAUCAACAACUUUGGCCACGACGGUCAGGAUGGCAUGCCUCGUCCGGAUCUCAAGCUGACAGUGCGUCGCGAUCAGCUCAUCAACGAUGCACUCAUCGGGCUGGAACUAGUGGCCAUGAGCAAUCCGAAGGAUCUCAAGAAGCAGUUGGUGGUGGAGUUUGUGGGCGAGCAGGGCAUCGACGAGGGCGGCGUUUCCAAAGAGUUCUUCCAGCUGAUUGUGGAGGAAAUAUUCAACCCGGCUUUCGGAAUGUUUGUGCAGCAAGACGAAACCAAUAAUAUGUGGUUCAACGCCACACCCUUCGAAAAUGGGGCACAAUUCACACUUAUAGGAAUUAUCAUCGGACUGGCGAUCUACAAUAACGUCAUUUUGGCCGUAAACUUUCCCAUGGUUGUCUACCGCAAGCUGAUGGGCUACUGCGGUACGUUUGCCGAUCUGGCCGACUGGAGUCCAACGCUGCACAAGAGCUUACAGUCGCUACUGGACUAUCAGGGCCAGGACAUGGAGGAGGUAUUCGACCAAACGUUCAGGAUCAGCUACAGCAACGUGUUCGGCGAGAUGGUGGAGCACGAGCUGGUGCCAAAUGGCAAGGAUUUGCUGGUUGGUCAGCACAACAAGCAGCUAUUUGUAAAUUUAUACAGCGACUUCUUGCUGAACACCAACAUCCAGCAGCAGUUCAAUGCCUUCCGCAAGGGCUUCGAAAUGGUGACAGACGAGUCGCCGCUCAAGUUGCUCUUCCGGCCGGAGGAUAUUGAAAUGCUUGUCUGCGGUAGUCGAGAAUUUGACUUCGUGGAGCUGGAACACUCCACAGAGUACGAAGGUGGCUAUACGGAGGAAACGAAAAUUAUACAGGAUUUCUGGAGCAUCGUUCAUGCUAUGCCAAUUGAAUCAAAACGAAAGCUGCUCGAAUUCACCACAGGAUCGGCGCGGGUGCCGGUGGGCGGGCUUAAGUGCCUGCGUCUGCUGAUCACCCGUCAUGGACCGGACAGCGACCGACUGCCCACCUCGCACACCUGCUUCAACGUUCUACUGCUGCCGGAGUACAGCAGUCGGGAGAAGCUGGAGGAGCGCCUGCUAAAGGCUAUUAACUACUCAAAGGGAUUCGGCAUGCUAUAGGCCACAACCACUCUCACCAUCACGAGCCACAAACCACCAACAUCUACAAUCAUUAACUACCAAGUUAGAGUCCAAGUCCAAGUUCAAGUCUGUCAUCGCAACUGAUACCACCUCUCUGGGAGAUAGGAGAAGCUGAAGAUUUUGAUGGUUUUGAGUUCGUUUUUGGGUUCUGCCAUUUAUUUUUGAUACGACCUGUUCAAUGAGACAAUAUACAUAUUAAUAUAUAUAUAUGCUCAAUUUCUGGCGCGAUGGCGAGAAAAGCAGACCGAACGGACACGCGAUUUUGUUUCCCUUUGUCGCCCAGUUAAAUGUAAAUAUAAAUGAUUACACCACAUACCACAUUAUGUGAAUUCACCUAUGUAACUCCCAUACUUAAGACGCAACGCGCUGAAUAUUUUGCUAAAUAAAUUUAAAGUUUUGCGCAAAAAUA